CUGUGCUCAGGAGGCGAAGCUGCUUGGAGAGGGAGAGCCCGGCGUCCUCUUUGGACCGCAACGUGUGUGUGGUCUCAUAACUCAGGAUCGGACCCGGAGGAUAGCAGUUUGUCCGGACCGUCUCGGGUUGGAGGUAAAGGCCGGUCUGUGGGGGCGUUCAGGGACUGAGGGAAGCGGGGUCUGCAGACGCUGGGCAGAUCGGGGGCUUGAGGAUCCACAUUUGACACAUCGGCAAACUGAGGAGCAGAGAAGGCAAGACCUGCCCAGAGUCACUCAGUCUGUUCGUGGCAGAGACGGGAAUCGGACCGAGGUCGUCGGACUCCAAAGGCUAGGAAACCAUCCCUUGUAAGAAAUACGAAAGAAACAGCUCAACAAAACUGACCAGCACCUUAAGCUGACUGUGCUCCACACCCAUGGUCCUCUACCUCUGCAAAGAAGGAGAGGACUACAGAAGAAGAGGGAAUGGCUACUGUGUCCCUGAUAACCAAGGCCCAGGAAUCAGUGACAUUUAAGGAUGUAGCUGUAAACUUCACCCAGGAGGAGUGGGGACAGCUGAACCCUGCUCAGAGGGAUCUGUACAAAGAUGUGAUGCUGGAGAACUAUAGAAACCUCAUCUCAUUGGGAUUUCCUAUAUCUAAACCAGAUGUGAUCUUCAAAUUGGAGCAAGGGAAAGAGCCAUGGAUGUUCAAUCUGCAGAAAGUCAGAGAGAGAGAGGUCCCAAGAAAUUCCUCUCCAAACUGGGAGAACAGGCUUGACACCCAACACUCAACUCAAAAUGAGAACAUUUCUGAAGAAGCAGAAUCACCAGGGAUAUUAGUUCCUUCAGAUCCUACAUUUGGAGAAAUUCCUCUGUCUGAGAGUAGAUUGGAAAAGCAUGAGGAAAACUCUGAAGAGAAAAAAUGGAAGAAAUCCCUUUCCCAUGAGAACACUUUCAAGCAGUUGUCAAUCAGUCUCACAGAAAGCCCCAUUAAAGAAAGAGACCAUGAAUGUAAAGAAUGUGGAAAAAAAUUCUUUGACCGCCCAUCCCUUACACGACAUCAAAGGACUCAUAAGGGAGAGAAGCGCUAUAAAUGUAACGAAUGUGGAAAAACUUUCUCUAAACAUUCAUCUCUUACUGAACACGACAGAAUUCAUACUGGAGAGAAACCCUAUGAAUGUGAUGAAUGUGGAAAGGCCUUCAGCCUGAAAAGUAACCUAACUCGACAUCAGCUAACACAUACUGGAGAAAAACCCUAUGAAUGUGAUGAAUGUGGGAAGGCCUUUAGCCGUAGAAGUGGACUUAUGAGGCAUCACAUGACUCAUACAGGAGAAAGUCCCUAUAAAUGUUAUGAAUGUGGGAAAGCCUUCUUUAACCCUUCAUCUCUUACUGAACAUGAGAGAAUUCAUACUGGAGAAAAGCCCUAUGAAUGUGAUGAAUGUGGGAAAGCUUUCUCUAACCAGUCAUCUCUAACUGUACAUGAGAGAAUUCAUACUGGAGAAAAACCCUAUGAAUGUGAUGAAUGUGGGAAAGCCUUCUCUAUACAUUCAUCCCUUACUGUACAUCAGAGAAUUCAUACUGGAGAGAAGCCUUAUGAGUGUGAUGAAUGUGGGAAAGCCUUCUUUGACUGUUCAUCCCUUACUAGGCACCAAAGAACUCAUACUGGAGAGAAACCCUAUUUAUGUAGUGUGUGUGGGAAAGUCUUCAGCAGCAAGGCAUCUGUCAUCCAACAUCAACGACGUUAUGCCAGAGAGUAACAUAGGAAUAUAAUACUUUAAGAAAAA